AUGUCCGCCUCGUUGCCUGUAUCUGAUUCUAGCCUCUCCUUCUGGCACCAAACCACGCGCUCAUUUCCCUACCUAAACAAUAAUCGAGAUGCUCCUGUCCCCUUGGCGUCUCGAUAUGCUGUCAUUGGAUCGGGUAUUUCAGGGGCCCUCACUGCCUGGGAGCUUAUUAAGAAUGGUGUCAAGGGCGAAGACAUCCUGAUUCUCGAGGCCAGGGAAGCUGUUUCCGGUGCCACUGGAAGAAAUGCUGGCCAUGUGCGACCUGACGCGUUUCGGGGCUUUCCCUCUUUUGCAGCCAGGCACGGCCCAGUGCAAGCGAAGAAAAUCAUCGAAAGCGAGCGAGUAGUCCUACAAAAAGUGAAAGAUUUUGUAGAGAGUAACGGAGUAGAUUGCAACUUCUAUGACACGACAACGAUCGAUGUUUGCCUUUCUACAGAUUUUGCGGAUCACCAAUCUCGAAGCUUGGCUGCAUUCGAGGCUGCGGGAGGGGAUACAUCACAUAUUCGAAUCUAUCGAGGCGAAGAUGCGAAAGAGAGAACAAGGAUACCUGCGGCUAUAUGCGCAUAUGAAUGGCCGGCAGCGUCUAACCACCCUGCCAAGUUGACGCACUGGAUUCUCAACGACGUGCUCAACAAGGGUGCCAAGCUAUGGACACAUUGCCCAGUAUUAAAUGUCACCAAGCAUAACGGUGAGGGGCAAGCGAGCAAUCUUCGUUGGGAUCUGCAUACAACCCGCGGCAUUACGUCUGUUGAUACAGUUAUACACUGUACAAACGCCCACGCAGCUACUCUUUUGCCAGAAUUAAGCGGAUUUGUCACUCCCCUCAGGUCACAGGUUCAUGCGUUUGUGCCCACCGCGGUUGCUUCUGCUGAAAGACGAUUUAAGCAGACAAUGUCACUUCGAUACAGCCUUGGACAUUACUUCUCAGUGAACCAACUACACAGAGACGGUACUAUCAUUAUUGGUGGUUCUGGAACUCGGGACGAUGGCGAUAUUGAUGAUAGAAUGAAAGAGGAAAUGAUCACGUUUGACGAUAGUCAGUAUUCUCAACGGAUCGCGAAAAACAGCAACAGAGAAUUUAAAACCCUUUUACUUGAGCCUAAUCCCGACAAGCUACGACCAGGAGAGGGGCUUCGGCAUGCUUGGACGGGCAUUUUGGGCAUGACUCCAGAUAAUGUUCCCCUAAUUGGCUCAAUCGAGGGGCUGGAGGGGCAAUGGAUCUGCGCUGGAUUCAAUGGCCAUGGUAUGGCUAGGAUUUUCUUGUGUGCUCCUGGGUUGGUGAAGUUGAUGCUAGGGAAGCCGUGGUCGGAAACUGGCCUUCCAGAAUGUUUCCAAUACAGUACGGAAAGGGUGGAUAGGGAACUGAAUGCGCAACUUAAAGGGAAGCUCUAA